AUGGAAGCCUACCAUUACCCUCAGUUCAACACUGUGGUGUACACCGCCAAGUUCAAAGACGUCAAGAACGCAGAGGCGCUAAGAUCCCGCAUUGUCAAAGCCGCGUCGCUGGACGGAGCUGACGGCGAGGCGGAGCGGGAUGCUGUCAACUUCGCAUUCAUCGAAGCGAAACUCAUAACGAGUUCACUGCAUCUCGAGACCGCAAUCUACCAAGCUUUGUUAUCGGAGUCGCAGGGAUCAUUGAGAACUAAAACUAUUCACUCAGAAAUUAUCUGGGCUUUGAACCCAACGAAUAACAUAUCGGAAGCCAUUAAGUUGUUUGGGGUAUCAGGCAGAACCACAGACUUGAUUCUCGUUCACGCGGCGACCUCAAACACUCGCGAUGUGCAGCAGAAGAUGCACAACAUUGUCGACGGUCGCUUGGUCCCUAUGUCUACAAUCCCAGACUCUACCAACUGGGCGAAUGUCAAGAAGCAUUACAAACUCAAUGGUGAAUUGGCGUUGAUGGAAAUCGCUGGCGAUAGCGACCGGGAAAGAACAGUUAUCGAUAAUAUUGUCAUCAGCACCGUCGCAACGAAAUCCGUCAUGACUUGA